AUGGUCGGUUGUCGAAUAACAACAGCCGCCUACGCCUGCUUACAGUCAUUCUGCGAUGUGAUCAAUGUCCCGAGACAAGCCCAACCUAGAGUCGUGGCCAUCGAGCUCGAAGUCACCACAAGAAGACCCGCCAUUGAGGCUUUUGUGCACAAGGCCUGGAUGCCUUUGGAAAAAUCGACGGGGGGGGCAUGGUUGGUCUCAAAGUUUGUUUCUAGUGAAUGCGUCAUGCUCGACUGGGCGGAUCUGUUAUCACUAUCUCCUCCAUCGCGGGUCUUAGUCGGGGGUAGUUACCGGGAAGCUUCAUCUACUCCUCCUCGAAGGCUGUUGUUACCACAAUGA